AUGCGGGUAUUAAUGUGGGAAGAGGUAACGAAAAACGACGACGUUAUUGCCGUAGAACUGUCGGUGCAACGUAGUACACGAGUAGAUAUCAUGGGCCAAUUCAAAACGGAAGAACAGCAAUGUUACACAAGAGUUUUAUUAAGGAAUUCCACUGCCGACUCCAAUCAACUUAUUGUUGUCGAGGGUUUCAUUAAAGUUCCAUUUUUCACGUCAACCACUGGAAAUUCCAUCUACGGAAUGGGGGCGAUUACAGAUGGACAGUAUAAAUUGCGUGUUCAUAUUGCCCAAUACAGCGAUAUCGAAAGCCUCGGCAUAGGAGCGCACAUAGAAGUGAGAGGCGAAAUAAGAAAGGAUAAAUUCGGUUCACCGUAUCUGCAAGCGAAAGACAUGGGUCAAAUUAUCAUCGUUGAUUCGGAAAUAAUGAGCGAUGCUGAAUUACGAAAUGGUUUUUGAUCGAUACCACAAAAAAGAUCCCAUAAUGUACCGGAAGAGGACGAUGGAAACCAGAAAAACGAAAAGAAAAUCAAGAGUCAUUGAUGGAGCAUAUCCUUUUGUCGUUAUCACGAACUGAAGAAGUGGAAUCAAGUGGCCAGCCGUUCAGUCAAUGAUCAUAAAUAUAUAACGAUAGAUAUUAAUAAUUUUAAAUGCCAU